GGUUGCGAGAGAGAAAGAGAGAUAGAGAAAAAGAUAGUGAUACCGUGUAAACCUCAGUGUAAGCUCUCAGUUCAGUGGCUGAGACAGAAGUGAAAUAAAGCAAGAAAAGAAAGCGAGACAUUAGACGCGGGAAGUGUGACUAAAUCACCGUCACCGUCUAAUAGCGAAAGCAACUGGAACCUCAUCGCUGAAUCCUUUUCAUCGCUGAGAUACUACAGUGCGGAAGUGCUGUAAUCAUGCGACUCGAAGUGUCCCUAGUUCCAUAAGGUAUUCAAAGCAAUUAGUUUGUUCGUUCCGUAGUUCGCUAGUGCUUUCCGCUCUGUGCAGUGUUUGCUAUCUUUUGGGCGUGAAUUGUCAACGUAAUUGCGAAAAUUCAUCGAUGUAAUAUUUACGGCCUGUUUUGCGGUGGAAUCCUUCAGGGUCAUGAACGAAUGCCGUAAGCAGUUUUGGUACGACGAGCAAUUGAUGUCCGUAAUCCGAUGCGUGCCGAGUAGUGCCUGAAAACUGCAGCUUCUAGAAACGUCCGCAGGAGUGGCGGGUCGCCAUUUUAGUGACUUACUGUGGCAGCUAUUUUGUGGAGGUGGAUUCCAAAAAAAAUCACGCAUAACGAGCGUAAAGCAGCAGCUGAAAGUUAACACCGAGCAUCACACUCGGCCACCUCGGCCUGCGGAACUAUGUUAAAUUGUACCGAUCUCGCCUGCGUCCUACAUCACCAUCACUUCUACGCCCAUCUCCACCACCUGAAACAUCAUUUACAGGAUGACCACGAUCACCACGCACACCACCAUGGGCAUGAAAAUCAUGACCCUCAUCAAGCAGCCGGAGAAGGGAGUGACGUAGACAACAACAACAUUCAAGACCUGCUUAACGAUACCGAUUCCGAGUUAUCUUCCCUGUCGCAUCUUGAUGCUCCCAACGAUGUCCUGUAUAUGGUAUGUGGAGUCGUCAUUGCCAUGCUCCUCGUGGGCCUCAUCAUAGUUUUAGUUGCAGUUACGAUCAGUAAGCUGAGAAAGCGGGAAGAAUCGUCGACGGUGAGUCCAGUGACGGCGAAUAAUGUUGAAGCGCCACCACACCACCACCAUAACCAUCACCAACAACAGCAGCAGCAGCAACAUCAAAACGGGACUAGCUAUCCGCAGCAGCAGCAGCAGUCGCAUCAAACGCACAGCGGCAGCAAUCACCAGAACGGCGGCAGCACUCCGGAAACGGGCUACUCCGUCCCGACGCCGAUAGCCUUCCGCCAGAGCCCGUCCACCGUGUGGGUCUUUCCACCGUUACCACCGCAGCCGAACAUCUACAGCGCCAGCAGUCAGGAUGCGUUAGUACAUAACGAGAAGACCGGCCUCAAGGGACUAAAGCGUCAGCUGUCCGGUCGGUUCAAGCGGCUGGUGUCACGAAAAACGCACGAACCGGCCCCAGCCAUACCGCCAGAACUCAAACCACAGCUGAAGACGAUCUACGUGUACUGAGCUCUAAACACUGAUUUCGGGUCAGCCAAACGACAGGGGGGCUGUAAAGUAUUAGGAAUGCGCGCCUCUGACCAUAAGCUGAUAACAAACUCUAGUGAACGGACAGCAACAUAAGAUGAGCUUUCUCUCCAUUUAGAUUUCCAUUCCUACCGAGCAGAGCACUUGAUCUUGAUCGGUCAUGGUAGGCUCUGCAUCGGGCACAACCGUUUGGUUAGAAUUGCAAGAACCAGUUGGUAGAAGUUUGGUUUUUUGUCGAUUAUCUGUCGUUUGAACCUUGGCUAUCGGCCAACGAGAAGCUUAAAGUAAUUUAAUUUAUUGAUUUUUAUUCUUGGGUCGACCAAAAAUGGUAUUAGAUGAAAUUAUGGCCUACGGACGAUGGCGCACUGUGUGUGUGCGUGUGUGUUCAGUGAAGGUAGUGCGAAAAACUGCGAACUCAACAUCACCAACUCACUGAUACAGUGAUUCUCAAAUUCCACAGACCUUUUCACGAGCGGCAUUUUGCUGAGGUAAUUUGCAAAGGACUUGUGAGCAGAUAGCAUUCAAAGGUGCGACAUUUUGAACGGCAAAUUGGACAGGCACGAGUAUUGUUGAUGAGCGCGUGCAACACCUUUUCGCUCCAACAACUUUUCUUCCUGUUCUCGAAUGAUUUUAUUUCUGUAUCCAACUGUCAUUCCAACGUUCGAUCAGCACACAACAGUGAACAAACGAUAGGCUCACGCGGAUUCAAGAUUCAGUAGUAUUCCACCAAGAAACGAAAUCUGGUUUUUUGAUCUAUUCUAGUUUCUUUUUGCCCAUCGCAACUACCGCUCAUUUUUGCCUAGAGAAUACUAGAAGAAGACUGACACACCAUCACUCUGGCGCACACACGCACGUAUAGAGAUGAAGGCUUUUAGGCGGGAGCGACGACAAAAAAGAGACAGCUACGUGAAUAUGUUAACGGAAAUGAGCGAUAAGCACACGGAACGGAUCGCGGGGCAUUGUGCUGGUAGAGCGGAACGAAACUGGGAGACGCAGAGAGUAUGAGUAGCAUGUAGACUGUUCUUUUAGCUAGCAUCAUUUAGAUUAUGACGAAAGCCUUGUCGAUUAGAGCGGGCGCAGUAGAGAUGCAGCAGAACGCGCCACGUGGUUUCUUCCGCACAACACCAGACGAGAUUGAUUUCAGAACGUCGAGUGCUUGACAGAGGAAAGUGGACAGACUAGAGAAUCCGUGGACUUUGGUAGGAUCGCGUACCACUUGACGCACAACCUGCACAAACCGUUUCAAACUGCAGACACCGAAAAACUCACUCGCCGGUAGUGCUGGCUGGCCCGAGUUGGCUUGGAGCCCUUAAAAGCCCCACUCGAUUUCCAAUGAGCCGAGGUCCAACCUGUAAGCAAAACAUCUUCCUAGUUUGUGCUCGCGGCACCGCUUUUAUUAAUGCUUUCAUCGCCUGAAACGAAAUAAUGAGCAGUUUUUCAUUCCCCGCUAUUAGCUAAGAAAAUGACCAGAAACCGUAAUCAAAGAAGUGGAACGACAAAAACACACAGAGAUAAUCGAUGAUAUUCCUGUCGGGGACAGUAAGGACGAAGAACUAUUAAACAGUAAUGGUAUUCCAGCGGGUCAGCUCGAAAAACGAUGUGUGUGGCCGGCAUUAUUGGCGUUCGGAAAUUUUGAUUUCUAUGUGUUUUGUUUAGAACAAUGCUUGUACGAGCCAGGCGAGAGAAGUAUGUUCACUCACAUUGAGUGCCCGCGAUCUGAAAGCGAUUGAAACUAUUUCGAACAGCACUGAGUCAGAGAUAGGAGUGCGGUGGCGCAUGUUUGAUAAACCGGUGCGUAGCAAGAGGUAAAAAAAUCCGUAUUUUUAGUAUUUUAGAUUAGCACAUUGAAUGGUGCGAUAGUGAAAGUUUACAAAGUAGUUGAUACGCCGGAACGAGUAGAACAAGAUAACGCGUGAGAAAGGAAUGUAACCUAAAAUUGUAAGUGAUGAUGAUAAUUGUAAUUUAAAAUAUAAAAAUGUAUUGAU